UUGUCGGUUUUUACACGAUAGAGGAGACAUCUGUAAGUAGAAAUCAAAUGUUGUUCGUUAUUUAAAUAUCUAAUCAAACGUUUAAGCGGCUGUGAAUAUUUAAGUAUUUAUACACUGCGUUAAAAGUUUUUGGAAUUUGUUCAAGUCAAAGUAAUGGAACCAAUGGCAUUAGGAUCACCUGUUGGAAGUCCAGUGCAAAGUCCUGGAAGUCCAGGAACUUCUGCAUACCUCCCAAAUUUCCUUCUAGGUGAUUCUACAACGCCUGCCAAAAUAAGUUUGAUGGGCCCACAAGAUAUUCUGAAACAGUCACACAUUGGUCACAGUGCACUGACCUCUCCACCUUCCCACUAUGGUACUCCAGAUUAUCGUAGUAAUCGUCAGAAAGCUGUGUUCGGAAGUGCUAAUACUCCUAACACAUCACAAAUAGUCACGGAAAGCCACACUGGUGGACCUCCAACUAGAGGACUAUUUGAUACUCUAGAAACUUCUCAAACUGUAUCACCCUAUUUGUCAGCAACAAAUCAAAGUAUACCUUGCCAUCAACCAAGACUUUUAGUGAAUAGUAUGAAUACUUCUAUAUUUAAUGAUGGUGCAAUGAGCCCUAAUGCAAAUGAAUCACAAGGUCUUUUGCAAUGGGUAACCGUUUUUGGUUUCUCACCUAGUGAUAUGAAUACAGUUUUAGCUCACAUCUCGAGCAGAGUUCGCGUAGUGGACAAGCAUCCUCCACCACAUUCACAGAGCAACUGGAUACACUUAAAAUGUGCUUCAGAAUUAGAAGCACAAAGGGCACUCGCGUGUAAUGGAAAUAUAGUAUCUGGAUCUAUAAUGAUCGGUUUGAUCCCUUGUACAGACGAGGGUGUUAUAUUAGGAUCGGAUAAAGAGAGUCGUUCGAGAAUGAACGGAAGUAUUAAAUGUUUCUCAAACCUAGGAAGAGUCACUCAAUCGCCAGAAUACAAUACACCACGCACGCCCAUUAGGAUACAAAAUGCAAGACCACUAGCAGCUGGUUACAAUCAAAAUCUUAGCUCACAAUCAGUGAGCUCACCUGAAAAUGUUCCACAGAAAUCUACAGGUUUAGUUUCGAAAGCAAUGGAAUAUAUGUUUGGGUGGUAAUUUCGACUGAAGACAAUUGUACAUGUUGUUUCGUUAAUGACAAAUAUUAUUUAAUAUGUAAUUCUCCUUAUGUUUUUAUAAAAAUCGAAUGCAAUAUAGAUAUGAAUAAUCCGAGAGAGGAAUAUAUAUAUAUAUAUAUGUAUAUAUAUAUAUAAGAUCCCUAAAAUGUCUGUUUACGUUUUUUUACUAUCGAUAGUACCAAAUAUAAAUCUUUAUAAACACCAAUUAUCACAUAAUGCUAUGUCUAAACUAUGUAUUUCUCUAUUAGUACUUUUUUCUACUUUAAACUACUAUCAAUAUUUAAUCGGUUCUAUCGCAAUAUAACAUAGCUUAUCAUUAAGGGACGUUAAAAUUACUUUCGCAAUGUUGAAUCACGUAUAUUGCAUAGAUAUUAAUUGAAAUGGUCCGUUUCUUAAUAUUCUCGUGUUAUUUACAAAAUAUCGGUGAAUGUUAUGAAUAUUUUUACAACCUGAUAAUGAACUUAUUUUGGUGUCGCGUCAUCGGUAUAAUGCACAUGACGAGACUUAUGACAAUGACUUCGAAUGUUAAAAAUUUGCAUGAUUACUGUAAUCGGUGCAUUCCUCUCUCUUAAUUCGAAUCAAAUAUAUAUGUAUCAUCGAUAUUUUAUACAUGUUUCUUAUAGAAAAUAAUUAGUACUAAGACUAUGUUAAAAUGC